ACACAUUUCGUAGUUGCGUACUUUCGAAUAUCCAUCAUACGAGCGCCGAGGAGCUGUAGCCGAGCUUUGAAAAAAUUUUCGCAGUUGGCUAAAUAUUACCUGUCAGAUUUCGCAAUUUGAGCUCGAAAUAAGCUACAACAGCUAGCGAAAAGGCACACAAACGUACACUUUUGGCGAGUCAUCGAGUAAAAGGCAGGCGUGCAAUAUUAACAACAACAACAACAACAGACAGCAAUUACGCAUAGUCUCUAUUGCUUUCGAAGUUCGAAUGCAUAAAGCUUGUUAAUUUCGAAAACAACCCCCGACAGCCAAGUCCAACACAUACGGCACGCAAUCAAAAAUCUAAAACAACAGCGUUAAUUAGCGCCCACCACCCACACACACACCACCUACCGUUGCCUACCGUUGCUGUGAGUGUCACAGUUACAGUCGCCGUCAGUGCUAGGGUACCUACAUAAUUGGCAGCAAUUUUGUAGACAAAAGCGUUUGCGGUUUAUCCAGAACACCUUGCCGCACCCUAUCGCCCACUCGCCUAGCACAGCAGCCGUUAACCGAAAUCAGUAGCAGCAGCAGCAGCAGCGGUAGCGCCAGCAACUGAUAUUCCAUUUCUCUCAGUGCUCAGUGCUUUUAGUCCAGCAGUCGCAGCGCAAAGUAUCGAAACAGCGCGAGUAACAUCUAAUCGGUUUCAUUUAAAACUUCUCUGCGAAAAUGGGCAAGAAAGAUAAGAAGAAGGAAGAGGCGGAACCAGCACCAGCAGCCGAUGCACCACCAGCUGAUACUGCCGCAGGUGAGGGCGGUGAUGGUGAGAUUGUCGGCGGACCGCGCAAUCCUCAACAGAUUGCAGCACAAAAACGGUUACAGCAGACGCAGGCACAAGUCGAUGAGGUCGUCGACAUAAUGCGAACAAAUGUGGAGAAGGUGCUCGAGAGAGAUCAAAAGCUAUCGGAAUUGGAUGAUCGAGCUGAUGCCUUACAACAGGGUGCUUCGCAAUUUGAGCAACAAGCUGGUAAACUAAAACGAAAAUUCUGGUUGCAAAACUUGAAGAUGAUGAUUAUUAUGGGCGUUAUUGGACUGGUCGUUGUGGGCAUUAUUGCAAAUAAACUAGGAUUAAUAGGCGGCGAAACACAGCCACAAUAUCCACAGUAUCCACAAUACAUGCCACCACCACCACCACAACAACAGGCACAAGCGCCAGCCGGUGGCACUUCAUCAUUAGCUGACGGCGGCAGCGCUGGCAACAAAGAGCAGCACGGUGCAGUAUAAAGCUUUUCUUCAAAUGUGCUAAGUUUAACUGAGGACAGUAGAGCAAAACAAAACCACUAAAACCAAAAAAACAAAACCAAAACAAAAAAUCAAGAAAGAUAUACUUCAAACCAUUAGAAAAAAUAUUUAAAGAAUUACCAGAAAAUUUGCAUGAAUGUCAGUGCAACAACUUGAGGCAAUUGCAGGCAGUGCGCAAAAUUCUUAGCAGGCGAACACAUAACCUC